GACGUCAUUGUUCUUCACGUGUGGACAGUCGGCUAACACAACAAUUAGCUUGUUUUUGAGCUGAUUUUAUACAUUUAUAAUUUAUCUUCAGAUACCGACACACACAGGGACAACCAUGGCCUCCAGCUGUCGACGGCCUGAACACUCAGCUCCUCCAGAAGUGUUCUACAAUGAAGAAGAGGCCAAGAAAUACUCUCAGAACUCUCGGAUGAUUGAAAUCCAGACCCAGAUGUCAGAGAGAGCUGUAGAGCUUUUAAGCCUGCCAGAGGGACAACCAUGCUUCCUGCUAGAUGUGGGGUGUGGCUCUGGUCUCAGUGGAGACUACCUGUCAGAAGAGGGACACUACUGGGUUGGAGUUGACAUCAGCACCGCAAUGUUAGAUGUUGCAAUGGACAGAGAAGUAGAGGGAGACCUUUUAUUGGGGGACAUGGGACAGGGGAUGCCAUUUCGACCCGGCACCUUCGAUGGCUGCAUCAGUAUCUCGGCUCUGCAGUGGCUCUGUAAUGCAGACAAGAGGUCACAUAGUCCUCCUAAGAGACUCUACACCUUCUUCAGUACUCUCUACUCUUGUCUGUCAAGAGGCUCACGUGCGGUUUUCCAGCUUUAUCCAGAAAACUCAGAACAGCUUGAGCUGAUCACGACACAGGCCAUGAGGGCAGGCUUCGGUGGAGGCAUGGUGGUGGAUUACCCCAACAGCAGCAAAGCCAAAAAGUUCUUCCUGUGUCUGUUUGCUGGAGUGACGGGUGUUCUUCCCAAAGGACUGGGAUCAGAAACGUCAGACAGAGGCGUUUCCAACCAGGUCCAAUAUUCAGGACAAAGAUGCCGGUUCAAGAACAUGAAGGGGAAAUCAGGGAAGAAGGGACGAGACUGGAUCUUAGAGAAGAAGGAGAGGAGGAGAAGGCAGGGACGGGAGGUUCGAGCUGACACAAAAUACACUGGACGUCAGAGAAGACCUCAUUUCUAGCUCUGACUCAUGCAGCUGUGCCUUCAUUAGCGGUCAUCUGUACCAGCCCGCUCACAACAACCCCCCCCCCCCCCCCCCAGUGUAGAGUGUUUGGACUUAAUUUUGCCAACUCUUUAAUUCAAGUGGAUGAAGAUGCAGGAGCAAAAUGCUAAUAUGGCCAAUCAUUUUUACAUUUGGUGGAGUGUUUGGCAGUUUGUUUCUCACAGAUGGAGGUAAGAUUGCACUCUCCAUGUUAAUGUUGGCUGGAAGAUACUGAGCACAUAGACAGGUGUCUGUACUGCCUACAAAAGAGACAGAACAAACGUUAUCGAAUUAAAACAAUUUUUUAUAAAUUAU